UGAAGACGAGCCUAUAAAUUGAUUGGCAUUCGCUGGAACUCAGUUUAGUUCAAGUGCAGUUCAAGCCAGAAUAUCACCAGAGAAUGCUCAAGCUCUUCGUGUUUUUCGCCUUAAUAAGUGGUGGCCUGGCUGCCCAUGUUAUCUACCACCGCCCUGUGAUCUACCAUCACCCUCUGCCAGUGGCCGCCACACCCCAGGAACUGGAUCAGCAUCCUGGGUACGCCAUUGUGGCACCUCUCACCAAGAUUGCCCACGUCACCUACGAUUCGGUGCCCAUUUCGCACACGCCCUACGAACACGUUCCGCUCUUCCAGCGAAUUGGUCAUGUCAAAAUCAAGACUAUUUAGCAGGAUGAAUUUUUAAAGUAUAAUAUAUAAAAAUAUAAA